UAGCAUCGCAACGAGUGUAUACGAACUUCGUGGAUAACUUUGCAGUUUCGAGUAAACGAAUAUCGAUGUACAAGUAUGCCGCAAGCAUCGUGAAGUCGUAUUGGUUGCAAUUUAAUGCUCGACACCGCUGUGUCGCGCGCAAGGCCAGAUUCGUACAGUUCGGUCUUGUAAUGUAUCGAUAUCGUUUUCUCGGUUAUGUACUACGUUCACUGUUUCGAUGAUCAUUUUAUUAAUAUCGGACAAAUUGACUAUUGUCGAAGAAACAAAAAAAAAGUAACAACUGGGCGCGAAAGUACGCGCCUGCGCGCUGAAGCUCGACACUCCGAUCAGUUUGACAACAGUCUUCCCUUCGAUCGAACCUAACCUGUCUGUGCGCGUCAAGGGGAAGUGAAAUUCGAGCGUGGCUGUAUCUUGCUUCUUCUAAAUAACGCUGAUUUGAAACAUAAAAAAUGGCAGCCCCCGAGGCAAUACAAGUCAGCUCGUUACCGUUGCCUCCGGUUCAAUAUAUUAAUUUGUACACGGACGAAAAUGUCCGACGGGGCAGAGCACCUCGUCCACCGCCGCCAAUACACGAUACUUAUUCAAUGUUUGGGAAUGUAUUCAACGCGGACGACACGAUCAUCAGACCCCUCGAAGCACAGGGAAUUAAAAGGUUAUACCCCCAACAUUUUGAUCGUCGACGGGAGUUGAAGAAACUCAAUCACUCUCUGCUUGUUAAUUUUCUGGAUUUGAUAGAUCUGCUCGUACAAUGUCCUGACAGUCCAAGGCGAGCUGAAAAAGUAGAAGAUCUUAGCCUGUUGUUCAUUCACAUUCACCAUUUGUUAAACGAAUUCAGGCCACAUCAAGCCAGAGAAACGUUACGCGUUAUGAUGGAAUUACAGCGUAGACAACGUAUCGAAACUGCGCUCAGGUUUCAAAAGCAUUUGGAAAGGGUUCAAGAGAUUUUACAACACGCAUUACAAAUGUUACCAGAUACUUCUGAGCUAGAUUCAAACCUAGCAAUAAACACAGAUGCUAUGCAAUCUAUUGAUAAUUUAGGAUCUGAACAACAGACUUCAGAUCCGUGCAGUCCAAGUGAUCGCAUAAUGUGCAAAGAAUACAAUACAUUAAUGGGUACAAGUAAGUUUUUAAAUAGAUAUAUAUAUAUAUAUAUAUAAUUGACAAGCGAACAAUACAAAACAUUUACAUUAAAUAUCAAUUUGAAAC